AUGAAGGAUUUAUUUUUGGCUGAAUUUGCAAAGCAACUUCGUCCAAGUAAAUACUACACUGACAAAAAGCGUGCAGUUAUGUUUAGUUGGCUGCACUUGAAGCACCACAUUCAAUCUGGUCAACUGGACAUCGAAGAUGCCAAACGUUUACCUAUCCCUUUUGUUCUUUGUGAGGGCUUAGAAGCAGAUAUUUACCAAUUACAAUUGUUUAAAGAAAUGCGAGCUCUUUCAUCAAUACUUGAAAUCAAAGGCGGCGGAAUACAGGAAUUCUUGGGUGCUUUGAGCCAGUUCAAGAAUAACUGCAUUGACGUCACUGAAAUAACAAGUUGUAAACCUGAGUUUUUGGGUGCAGAGCAAUCUCCAAAGAAAAGAGAGAUCCAGAGUGGUAAACAGCAAAAAUUCCUGAUACCGUCUCUAGAGAAUCAGAACCAAAAGACACCACAACUGGGUUUUAUUUGA